AGCCGUGCGCCGGGUACGCGGAAACCAGUUAAGCCUGUUUCUGAAACUGAAAAUCUGCAUCAAAACGCAAUAGCAUUCGCAGGGUACGACCGACAAUCAUUCUGUACGCGAACGCGGUCGCGUGUGUGACUAACAUCGUGGUUGUCUGGGUACAAGAAAAAAUAUAUAUAAGAAGCAGUUGAAACGCUGUACGUUAUUACGACGACGAUUUUGACAGGUUCAAACAAUCAACACCCUUUGAGUGAUCGCUACGACAGGCGUUUAAUAGGAGCGAUGAUCAUGCGCACGACGGCGGUAACGGUCAUAACUGUGUGUUUCGUGGUUGCAAAUUUCGCGGCAAGAGCGGAUCAUGUUGAGAAACCGUCCGACGAAAUUGCUACGGCGAAAUCGGAUGUACAACAGCAGCAAAACGCGGACGCAGGAGUGGACAUCAACGUGACAGCUCUCGCAGCCAGAUUCAUUCAGGAUUACGUGACGCCCACUAUUUGCUCGUACCUGCCAAGCUUUUGCGCCAAAUACCAACUGCAAAGCCGAGGAAUCCAGAGUUACUUGGCCACAGCUGGAACUCUAUUCGCCGGAGUGUUGGGUAUCAUACUGACGAAAAUCAAAAUUCUUAUGGUCCUUUCGAUAAUGACCACAGUCAUCGGGAAAAUGUUGAUGCUCUACGCUUUCCUCAAGUCCGAUCACUACCACCACAAACCUCAUCACGUGCCAUUCGUUAAGUACACAAAAGACAAGUACUACAUUAAACACUCACCCUUGGAGCAUUCUCAAGAUUUCAUUGCUGAAUCACACUACUCCCCUUACCAAGGUCACUCGCCGAGUGGAGUGAGCUACUACAAACGAUAACGCACAACUGCACCGCAGCAGUUGCUGCUUCUAUAAGACACGAUGAGAUAAUCUAUUGUGUUGCGGAUGAAUCCAAAACAAUCAUAUAAUUUAAAUACGUUUCUUUGAAACCCCUAACUUAUUUAUUACUUUUAAAUAUUUAUAUUUAUUAUUAAUAUACAUAUUAAAUAUAUUUAUAAAAUUUAUAUAUUUAAUAUAUAUAUAUGUAUAUCAUGUGGUUGCAAAGCAGUUUAGAGAUAAACGAGAAUAAAAACCAAUACGUUAUCGAGUU